AUGAGACUUUUUCAUCUGAGAACAUUCGUAUAUUUGAUAUUAAGUGUACAGUCUUUAGUGAUUAGAACAUCUAGUGCAAAUCAUGCAACUGUCUCAACAAGGAAUUGCAUUGGUUCUGCUGAAAAUGCUACCAAUGAGUUGUGGAAGGUAGAAUUUUCAUCAGAUGUUGUGGAGAAUGAGUACAUUGUGGCGUUUAAUGAUUACUACUCUUCUAAAGCACGGAAUAGCUUUGUUGCAUCAGCCUUAAAGAGCUCUGAAGUAGUUUCAUGGAAUAUUUUACCAAGAAAUAACCCUGCUAGUGAUUAUCCCAGUGAUUUUGAAGUUAUCCAGAUUCUAGAAAAAACGCAGGCUAGUUUAGAGGCCCUACUUCAACACCCAUUUGUCAAGAGGGUGACACCGCAGAGAAGAGUCAUAAGAACACUAAAAUCAUCAGAAGAUUCCCCAGUAGAGUACAAACCGUGCAAUAAAAGUGAACCUUGCUGGCAACAAAAAUGGCAGUCAUCAAGACCACUGAGGAGAUCCAGUCUAGCAUUGGGAGGUGCAUUUUGGCAUUCGACUGGGCGUUACACCAGCAGAAGGUUAUUAAAAGCUAUACCAAGACAGAUCACCAAUGCUUUACAAGCUGAUAUACUAUGGGAAAUGGGUUAUACUGGUGCUGGUAUAAAAGUAGCUGUAUUUGACACAGGGUUAAAUGAAAACCAUCCGCAUUUCAAGAAGAUUAAAGAGAGGACUAAUUGGACCAAUGAAAAAACAUUGGAUGAUGGUUUAGGGCAUGGUACAUUUGUUGCUGGUGUAAUUGCGAGUCAUAAAGAAUGUCUCGGCUUUUCUCCUGAUGCUGAUCUUUUCAUAUUUAGAGUCUUCACUAACAAUCAGGUGUCAUACACGUCAUGGUUUCUAGAUGCCUUUAAUUAUGCUAUUCUGAAGAAAAUUAACGUGUUGAAUUUAAGCAUAGGCGGGCCUGAUUUUAUGGAUCAUCCUUUUGUUGAUAAGGUAUGGGAACUUACAGCAAAUAAAGUAAUAAUGGUGUCUGCUAUAGGAAAUGAUGGGCCUCUGUAUGGAACUCUUAAUAAUCCUGCUGAUCAAAUGGAUGUGAUAGGUGUCGGUGGCAUUAAUUUUGAAGACAAUAUUGCCAGAUUUUCAUCACGAGGCAUGACCACAUGGGAGUUACCAGGCGGGUAUGGUAGAGUAAAACCGGAUAUUGUUACCUAUGGAUCUGCUGUUAGAGGGUCUGGUAUCAAGAGUGGAUGUCGUACUUUGUCAGGUACUUCAGUGGCAUCACCAGUAGUAGCCGGAGCUGUCUCAUUGCUUGCAAGUGCUGUGUUACAGCGCCUCCAUGUGGUGAACCCAGCCAGUAUGAAGCAAGCUUUGAUGGCUUCAGCGAGAAGACUGCCAGCAGUGAAUAUGUUUGAGCAGGGUCAUGGCAAGUUAGAUCUUGUCAGGGCUUACCAGAUCCUAAGUAGCUACAAACCACAAGCAAGUUUAAGCCCUAGCUACGUUGACCUCACUGAAUGUCCAUACAUGUGGCCAUAUUGUACUCAACCGAUAUACCAUGGUGGAAUGCCCACUGUAGUCAAUGUGACCAUAUUGAAUGGCAUGGGUGUUACUGGUAGAAUUGUUGAAAAACCAGCAUGGCAGCCAUAUACACCACAGAAUGGCAACUACAUUGAGGUGGCACUGUCCUACUCGCCAACAUUAUGGCCCUGGUCAGGUUAUCUAGCUGUGUCUAUUACUGCUUCCAAAGCUGCUGCUUCUUGGGAGGGUGUGGCUCAAGGUCAAGUUACACUCACAGUAGAGUCUCCACCAGAGGAAGAACCACGUAGAUCUCUAUUAAAGUUGUCAAUUAAAGUAAAAGUUAUUCCAACACCAGCACGUAGUAGACGUAUUCUAUGGGACCAAUAUCAUAAUCUUAGGUAUCCACCAGGUUACUUUCCACGUGAUAACUUGAGAAUGAAAAAUGACCCUUUAGACUGGAAUGGUGACCACAUUCACACUAAUUUCAAAGAUAUGUAUCAGCAUUUGAGAACAGCUGGUUUCUAUAUUGAAGUCCUUGGUGCCCCACUUACAUGCUUUGAUGCUAAACAAUACGGUACCUUAUUGCUUGUGGAUGCCGAAGAGGAGUAUUUCCCAGAAGAAAUUACCAAACUGAAACGUGACAUAGAUAAUGGUUUGUCUGUAAUGAUAUUCAGUGACUGGUACAAUGUGCAGGUGAUGCGUAAAGUCAAAUUCUAUGACGAAAAUACAAGGCAAUGGUGGAUGCCUGAUACUGGUGGUGCUAAUGUUCCAGCUUUGAAUGACUUGCUGUCUCCAUUUAGUAUGGCAUUUAGUAAUCAGGUCUAUGAAGGCGAUUUCACUUUAGGCGGUCAUGAAAUGUAUUAUGCCUCUGGGGGCAGUAUAGCCAAAUUCCCAGCAGAAGGAGUUCUUGUGAGGCAAACAUUGAAAGAUCAAGGGCAUGAAGUACUGAAAGGUGAAACUGUGACUGCAGAAGAUGUUCCUAUUUUAGGACUACAUCAAGUGGCCGAUACCAGUGGUAGAAUGGUUCUCUACGGGGAUUCCAACUGCCUUGAUAGUAGUCAUUUGCAAAAAGAUGUUGAACUACCGGAGAGGAUGGAAGGCAACCAUUUGUACCGCUACUCCAAAAUACUGGAAACUCAUGGUCUUGGUACACCACAAGCAAGACCACUUCCAGCAUGUCCACAUUUAGCUUGGGCUAAAGGAGAACCCCUCAAUAUUUCAGCUCCAACCAACCUUUACAAACAUCAGAAGUUGUUGUCAAUAGCAGAACCCGUUAUGCCUGUAGUCGGUCGAAGAGAACCACAAGUCAUUCCCCAUGCUAUCCAGGAAAAACCAGGCUGGGAGGUUGGACCUGGUGGAAUAAUAACACAACAGCAAGACAAUACACACACUUUGCCAGUUAUUGCAUUCCUUGGAAUGGCUGUAGUUCUUAUAUUUUUUGCACUACAGGUGCAUAAAACUAAAACGAAACCAAGGAGGAGGUAUCGACCACCUAGGUUGAAAAGAAUCCAGCAGUUGGUCGGAAGAAUGCCUAAUGUGUGAUUGAGAACACUGUGAAUAUUUGUUGUGUUCAAAGACUUGACUUCUGAAGGAUAAAGCAAGAUGAUUUGACUAUAUGAGUGAACUGGAUUAAUAAUUACUAUUUAUUUGGGAAAGUGAUGCAAUUUGGACUUUUCAGUGCUUUAGGAUGUUUGGAUUUGUGACAUGUUUUCGCACAUGUAAUGCUCCUGAACCUGCCCUACGUAAAGAACCUAUUAAGGAACAAUGUCUUUUCCUGUGGAAUAUUGUUGUAUUGACAUGACCAUGGUUGCCUGGUUACAGCAGCCAUGUUGGAAGUCCACUCUGAAGUUUCAGGAGAUGGGCAUGCUUACAUCACAUAACAAAGCUCUAUAAAGUUGUGUGAUCAGGAUGAUGUACACUCGAUUGUACGACGAACAUUGAAAAUGUUAAGAAUUUAAGAAACAUUUUCUUCUUUAGUUUAUUAUCACAGAGUAUGUGAAGAUACAAAUAGAUGUUAUAUUUUUAGUUCUUUUAUACUG